GAGAUCAACAAAAACAGAUUGGCAGGAUGACUAGAAUAGACUGAUGAGCUGCUCCUUAUCGCCGUUAAACAGUACCGUAGCAUCAUGCUAAGCUAAUUCAGGCUAUAUUACAUUAUAAUUCCGGCUAUAUUACACCAAAUAUUGGUCAUAUUAGGUAUAACGACGGAGGCUGCUACAGGCUGGUAUGGUAAGUCUAUCUGAGGAAAGGGUGAUGAUAUCCACAUCCUAAACUGGAGAAUACCCGUGCUGGGCUAAAUAGUGAGAUGAAGGAAUGAGAGGCAAGCACACAUAGCACUGCUACUUCCCAGCUCUUUCUUCCUGCAUCCAAAUGAUCAACAAGGCUCUCUGACCAGACAUGGGGAACGUCUGGACCAGCCCAGUCUCUAUGCCAGGGAAUGGAGAUGGCACCAACACCAGCUCUGAUCCCUUUCUGAGAAACAACGAUACCCUGAGGGUCCUGUCUGACUGCACCUCUGCAGACGUCAGUGAAACCCUGAUCGUCUUGUCUGACUACCCCUCAGCAGACGUCAGCGUGCCUCUCUUCAGGAUAGGAGAGAGACUGAGACUCCUGGCAGAGGAGGGUUACUGGUGGAGGGUUUGUUCUGUCCAAACAGGAUAUGAGAACUACAUCCCCAACAACCAUGUGGCCAAGGUCUAUCACGGCUGGUUGUUUGAAGGGGUGGCCCCUUGGUUGAAUUGUAUUCUGUAUUCAUUUAGCUGGUUGUUUGAAGGGGUGGCCCCUUGGUUGAAUUGUAUUCUGUAUUCAUUUAGCUGGUUGUUUGAAGGGGUGGCCCCUUGGUUGAAUUGUAUUCUGUAUUCAUUUAGCUGGUUGUUUGAAGGGGUGGCCCGACCCAAAGCAGAGGAACUGCUUCGUCUGCCCGGAAACAGAGCUGGCUCCUUCAUGAUCAGAGAAAGUCAAAAAGGAGUGUAUACCCUGUCUGUACGGCACAGGGUUAUGGUACACUAUCGGAUCAUCCGCCUUCCCAACAACUGGUACUACAUCUCUCCUGGUCUAACCUUCCAGUGUCUAGAGGACCUCGUCAACCACUACUCUGAUUGUGCAGACGGCCUGUGCUGUAUUCUCACCACCCCCUGUCAGGCUGUAACCAAUGGCAACCUCAACCUGGCCUCCCAGGCACCCCCUGUGGUGAUGCACAACAACUUCAACUGGAAAGACGUCAACAGCUCGGAGCUGACAGACCAGCCUCAUCGUUACCCCGGCAACAGAGACUCUAUGAUCAGCUUUGGCUUGCGGAACACAGUCUCCUCCUACAUGUCUCUGGGGGACAUGAGGAAGGAGAGGAAGAGCAGCAGCUGGAGGAAGAAUAAGAGGAGGAGUAGUGUGUGUGUACCUCCCGGUAACGGUCACGGACUCAGCACUACAGCACUGGAAGAGGAAGAGGAGGGGGAGUACGCACAAGCCAUCCUCCUGAACUCUUAAGACUGGAUAUGGGCUUAAAUGUAGAGGACAUAUCCUGCUGUAUAGAGAGGACAUGUCCUGCUGUAUAGAGAGGACAUAAUCCUGCUGUAUAGAGAGGACAUAUCGUGCUGUGUAGAGAGGACAUAUCGUGCUGUGUAGAGAGGACAUGAUCAUGCUGUAUAGAGAGGACAUAUCGUGCUGUGUAGAGAGGACAUGAUCCUGCUGUAUAGAGAGGACAUGUCCUGCUGUAUAGAGAGGACAUGUCCUGCUGUAUAGAGAGGACAUGUCCUGCUGUAUAGAGAGGACAUAAUCCUGCUGUAUAGAGAGGACAUAUCCUGCUUUAUAGAGAGGACAUAUCCUGCUGUAUAGAGAGGACAUAAUCCUGCCGUAUAGAGAGGACAUGUCCUGCUGUAUAGAGAGGACAUAUCGUGCUGUAUAGAGAGGACAUAAUCCUGCUGUAUAGAGAGGACAUGAUCCUGCUGUAUAGAGAGGACAUGAUCCUGCUGUAUAGAGAGGACAUAAUCCUGCUGUAUAGAGAGGACAUAAUCCUGCUGUAUAGAGAGGACAUAAUCCUGCUGUAUAGAGAGGAUAUAUCCUGCUUUAUAGAGAGGACAUGUCCUGCUGUAUAGAGAGGACAUAUCGUGCUGUGUAGAGAGGACAUAUCGUGCUGUGUUGAGAGGAAAUAAUCCUGCUGUAUAGAGAGGACAUAAUCCUGCUGUAUAGAGAGGACAUAGUGCUGUAUAGAGAGGACAUAGUGCUGUAUAGAGAGGACAUAGUGCUGUAUAAAGAGGACAUAGUGCUGUAUAGAGAGGACAUAGUGCUGUAUAGAGAGGACAUAGUGCUGUAUAAAGAGGACAUAAUCCUGCUGUAUAGAGAGGACAUAGUGCUGUAUAGAGAGGACAUAGUGCUGUAUAGAGAGGACAUAAUCCUGCUGUAUAGAGAGGACAUAGUGCUGCUGUGUAGAGAGGACAUUAUCGUGCUGUGUUGAGAGGACAUAAUCCUGCUGUAUAGAGAGGACAUAGCAUACUGGACUAUGCCGUGAACGUGGAAGUAAAACUGUGAUGACUGUCACACUGCAUAAUCAGUGACAUUCGUACCAUUAAUCACAAGGGUGUUACUGCUUGACAGCCUAAACUAGUUGUAAACAGCUGGAAUGGUUAAGACCGUUAGUGUAACAGCAUUAUUUACACACGAGGGCUUAGUAACACAUCCACAAUAGCCCUAUUUAGUGCACUACUUUUGAUAGGGGCUCUGGUCAAAAGCAGUACACUAUAUAGGGAAUAGGGCACCAUUUGGGACUCUUAGUGAAGGUCAGUGAGGAUCAGGGGUCACAGGUCAGCUUACCAUGAGCAGCAUCCUGUCGAAGAGACCUCGCGAGGAGGGGGAGGUCAGAUGUAGGCUGGCCACGUCGGCUCCACUCCGCUCUGCCCCCACCGUCACCAGCCUGGGGUCACCUCCGAACGCCUCAAUGUUCUCCUGGACCCACUUCAGAGCGGCUACCUGGUCCUGGAAGCCGGCGUUACCUGGCAGGGCUGUGGUCCCUAGAGGCAUUCAGUUCACACUGCUGUUAUUUCAUGUACCGUGUCAAGAGUCAAAUCCAUUCAAGAGAUAUAUUACGUUAUAUAAAAGUGUGUUCUUUGGGUUGUGA